UCAGCCAUUCAUUUGGUGUGGUGUAACUUGAGAAACUUGGGAUCUGGUCAGUUGAGACACUUUGUUUAAAUUUCAAACUGCUUUUUUUUUUUAAAGCUUCUUUUGAACAUCCGUGCUGUUAGCUGUUCCUGACGCACGUAUUAACCACCAAAAUGCACUGACUUUUCAACUGGAAAAUGUUAAAACAAGGCUUUUGAUUAACUUCUCAUUUUGGGAAUGGACUAAGAGGUGCCAGGAGGCCCUGCAGAGCCUUUCCUUGAAACCAUCAACCUUUAAAAAAACCCAGAAACUAACGACCCAAGCAGCUGUGGUCAGUGCCAAAGCCAUUGCUGUCCUCCAAGCACUGCCCACUCCAGGGCUCUGUGGUCUGGCUCUGGCAGUGCCGGGGAGACGUGGUGGUGCCCCCUCCCCGGUGCCUUUGAUGCUGGUGAGUGGCAGGUCCAUUGUGGCCCCUUUGUGCCCUCCUCAGUUCUCCUAGCCUGCACAAAACCUGCCAUGGAAACCAAACCCGGCCGCUGUCCCAGGAAACCCGGAGGUGCAAUUAGGAAAUGCAAAUAUGAAUGCAAAUUCCUUCCCUGCCUUCACCCCGGGGCCACCAGCCAGUGUCCCUGCCUGUGGGCACCAGGAGGAGGAUGGGGCACAGGUCUGGGGGUAGUGCUGGUGGCCGUGGGGCACCUCGGGCUUUUCUCCCCUUUCCUCAAGGCUUCCCCAGCAUCUUGGGGGAAGAAUGGGGCAUUUCAGCAGCUGGGAGCAGUGACUCAUAGGUGACAAUGUGAUAUUGAUUUUUUUUUUUCUUUCCAUCCUCUCUUGGUUGCCCAGCGACAAACAAACAAACAAGUGUCUUAAAAUCCAAGCCAGCAGGAAGGGUGAAGCCCUGGUGGCUUCCCAGUGCCGUGCUGCCAUGUCCGUGCUGCAGGCAGGAUGCAUGGGCAGGGUGCUGCGCGGAGCUGCUGCUCCCACCUAGGCUGCUCCAUAGCCUGUCAUGCUGCUGGGCUGGGAGCUGCUGGGGCACCGUGGAGGUUUUGGCAUCUGUGGGACUGACCCUGGGAGCUGCCCUCGUUGGCAUUGGUGACAGUCCCACAGUGUGUUCGGCUGCGAAUGGCACUGCUCUCCUGUCUGGCUCCAGACAGGGUGGAUUUUGUCGACAUCUGGAGGCGGCAGUGGAGCUCUGGCACGAGGACAGCGUGUGCAGGAGGUCCGGAGCUCAGCGGGAGUGCUGCAAGGUGCUGGGAUGCUGCAGCGUGCCGGGGGCUGACGCGUGGAGCUCUGGCUGUGGGGAGCAGUGCCCCCGCCGCCCACCCAUGCUCCCGGCCGGCAGCCGGGGCCUUGCCCCGUGACGAGGUGCCCCCCUUACCAGGACUGCCGCCAUGACGAGCCUCUUUCGGCGCAGCAGCAGCAAUGGCGGCUCACGCGGCGGCUCCUCGGCGCAGGAGCUCAACAACAGCCGCCCUGCCAGGCAGGUGCGCCGGCUGGAGUUCAACCAGGCCAUGGAGGACUUCAAGACCAUGUUCCCCAAUAUGGACUACGACAUCAUCGAGUGCGUUUUGAGGGCCAACAACGGUGCCGUGGAUGCCACCAUCGACCAGCUCCUCCAGAUGAACCUGGAUGGCAGCGGCUGUGAGGACAGCUCGGACUCGGAGGACAGCAUUCCCCCUGAGAUCCUUGAGCGCACCCUGGAGCCAGACAGCUCUGAUGAGGAGCCUCCCCCAGUAUACUCCCCUCCAGCCUAUGAGAGCCAGGUGCUGAGCUGUCCACAUGCACCUCCCACUCCCCCACCCAGGACGGAUGUGCCGGGGCCUGGCCGCUACAGGAACUGGAACCCACCGCUGCUGGGCAACCUGCCUGAGGACUUCCUGCGCAUCCUACCCCAGCAAGCUGCCUGCACACAGGGCUCCUCUGGAUGCCAGCAGCCUGUGCCACGGGGCCAGGGCUCCCUGGAGCAGGAGAGGAGGUGGAAGCAGUACCUGGAGGACGAGCGGAUUGCGCUCUUCCUGCAGAACGAGGAGUUCAUGAAGGAGCUGCAAAGGAACCGGGACUUCCUCCUUGCCCUGGAGAGAGAUCGACUAAAAUACGAGUCAAAAAAAUCCAAGUCGACCAGUGCUGCUGUCAGCAAUGAUUUCUGUUUCUCCUCCAUAAUACCAGGUGAUGUAGCCACUCCUGGAACCAGCGAGGCUGGCAGUGCUGUGUCUGACGAUGCCUUAUUCAGAGACAAACUGAAACACAUGGGAAAAUCAACGCGCAAGAAGCUGUUUGAACUCGCCAGAGCCUUCUCUGAGAAGACAAAGAUGAGGAAGUCAAAAAGAAAACACCUGUUGAAGCACCAGGUGCUGGGGACAGCUGCAUCCACAGCAAAUCUUCUUGAUGACGUCGAAGGACACUCGUGCGAUGAAGAUUUUCAAGCACGGCGGCAGCAGCUCCGGGAAGAGGAGGAGACGCUGAAGGAAGGGCAGUAAAUGGUGAGGGCUGUGGUGCUGUGGCUGGUGACAGCUCCAGCGCCGUGAUGGGACAGUGCUGGCCGUGGUGCAGCUGAGGCUGAGCACACACUGUUCUUCCUCCUCCUGGUCUCCUCCCCUCCAGGUCCCAGCGCUGGGGUUUAUUGCUGGCACAGAAUGUGCAAAGGGCUUAAUAAGAAGAUGGCUGAAAAAAGGAAAACAAACAAACACCCAACGACAAAUAACCCCAUUUUUUGGCUGUUCCCCCUCUGCUGUUGUACUCCUCUGAAGUACAAACGUUGAAGUGAGGCAGUUUUCUUUUCAGAGGUUUGAAAACAACUUCUCCUAUCUAGCAAAUCAGCCAAAAAAAAAAAAGGAAAGGAAACAGCUGGCAGCUGGUGUGAGCUGUGGCAUUGGAGCUGGUGGGUCUGGGACUCAGGGAGGAGCCGUCCCUCCUGCGCGUGGGAUCCACAGAGUUCUGCCAGAAGAAUGCACAUGGGCUGUGCUGAGGGGAUGCCCCGGCUGCGGGAGCUGCCUGGCAGAGCAUCCCUGUGCAUAUCUGUGGUGAUCUGAUGUAAUUUUCCUCUGCGCAUGCAGGAAAAGAAAACACAAGAAAGAAACUAAAAACUGUCGUCUACUAUUGCUAGGAGUAAUAAGCAGAGAUUCAGAUCAGGUAAUAGUGAAAUAAUAUAAGUUGUUUAUAAAAGGAAAGGCCUUCUUUUCCAAGGCAUUUCCCUUUGCAUUAAACCUUUGCCUUUGGCAUCGCUCAAACUGCCUUGAAGUCGGACCCUCACUGCCUUGCUCCCUGUGGGGCAGCACCAAGGGCUGGAUCUGCACUGGUGCAGCGGCCGGGCCAGGACAUAUCCUGUUGGGUGCAGUGCUCCAGUAGUGUUUCUGGGGCCGGACAGGGACAUCCUUUGCCAUUGAUGAGGUGGAGAUUUGGGGUUUGCAGCUGGGGCUGGCGGAGAUGUUUUUGAUACAAUGAGCCGGUGUGGGGCAGGAGAAGCUCUCCAAGCCUUGGGGAUCGUUUUUCCAGGAGAGCGCAGGGGCAGCUGGGAAGCAGCGCUUGGAUCUCUGCAGCAUCCUGAGAUGCUGUCAGGCUAAAAAUAAUUACGUAAACAAAUUCCUUCCUUGUGUAAGUAACGAGUGACGAGCACUAAGUCAGAAUUCGAUCCCGCCAGCACAUUUUCUUCUUCUUGAUCAGCAUAAUCUGUUUACUGCUCAGUCAGGAGGUGGCUGCAGACAUGCCUGUUCUGCUUUCUGGCUCCUGUGAACCAGCACAAAUGUUUUAAGAUUUGUGCUGCGAAGGUGGCAGAUGCAGAAUCUCAUCCACCAGACACGCACGCAACUGCUGUCCCUGCCUCUCUGUGGGAUUGCUAACAAAGCCCACAUUGCUCUGGCUCCUGGCGGGCUCCUCCCAAAUCCUCCCUGCAUCCCCUUUGAAGUGGAUGCCAACGUUUUUCCCCACAGCCACAGUGCACCUGUUGAGUGCUGCCACAGGGCUGAGUGAGGCAGGGACACCACCUGCCAUCAGUGCUGCCGUGGGCUGCUUGCGCCACGGUUGGAGCUCCUUGAAGGAGCUGCCCUCAAGUCUGAGCCCAACUUUGAUCCUGCUCCUUUUUAAGGAAGGGGCAAUGGUGUCCCCUUUGAAGUGGGGGCUGCAGCAGUGCCACACUGCACUGGCCUGAUCCCCAAGGUGACAUUAGGUGGUGGGAACGGGGUGCAGGGAGGUACUGGGGAGGCACUGCUACUCUGUGUAGGGUCAGGAUCUGGAGAGGUGCGUGUCCCAUGUGGCACGGGGCAAAGCAUGAAGCUGCGGCUUUGCUGCUGGAGCAGGAGCUGGGGGCUGCUAUCCCCAGCCUGAGGCUGGCUCUCAGAUAGCGGGAGGACACCGCUGCUCCCUCCCAGCCCAAAGCAGUGCUGUGUAGUUGGAAAAAAAACAAGCUUGGAAUUGGAUCAGCUUGUAAACGUUUCAGUGCUUCUGAGCUACCAAGGGCUUAACUCGCAGCCAAGUUUUCAUGCAUGCAGGAAGCACAGACAGGCGGUGCAGCGGGGCUCCUGUGGGCUGUGAGCUGCUGUCCCAGUGGCUGUGGCUGCUUUGGGGUCGGGGAAUGUGCUCCUAACAACGUGCCCUGUGCUGCGCAGCUCUGAGUGAUGUCACUCUGCGGCCAUUUUAAAAUACCUUGGAGGCACAAAACAUCGUUUCAAUGGACGAUGAAGAGUGGCUAUUUUUAUCUCCUUUAAAAAGACAGUGAAUCAGGUCUAAUGAGCAGAAAGGCCCCUACAACCAGCUCGGGAGCCAAAAUGCAUUUCUUGCAUAAAGCUGUACGAUUCUCAGUGACGUUUCUAUCACUUCUAUAUGAAAUGUUUUAAAAAGAACAACAAAAAAGAAGUCUGUGGUGUGUGUGAGUGUUGCUCUUUUAGAAUUUCCAUAAGUGAUUUUUUUUUUCUUAAAAAUGUUUAAUAGUAAUUCAUAUAAUAAAGUCCUGUUGUACUCUUAACACUGCA